AGCUGGAAAUGAAUGUGAUGUCUGAGAGUAAAGGUAACAAAUCUCAGCGCCUAAGUGGAAGAUGGUGCAUUUCAUGGCAGACUGAAAAAUGAGGACCUUUGAGACCUGGUGGUUUUCAGCAUGAGUCCUAGGAUCACGAAGAAUAAACUUUUUGGAUGUUGUGCGAUCAGUUGUCAGACAGGGAAUUGCAGCAAAAAACAGGAGAUGACAAACACUGUCUUAAUGGAGGUCACAGCAUUUGUAACUGUCCAAAAUACAGUUGAUACCAAGUUAUGGUGUUUUUGGAAGUACUUAAAAACAGACUCAUGAAAGAAGAGGGGGAAAGAAAGGAGCUCCCAGAAGCAAAGCUGAAAAAUGCCGCACUGAGAAGAUAAAAGUAGGCCUGAACACUGCCAUCCUGGCUAUUAUUUUUUCCCCUUUACCUGGAGAUACUCAGUUAUUUUCCUCGUCUUACCGAUUUUGCAUACAUUGUUUAGGUCCCAAGUCUGUUUUGAACUGCUUGACUGCCUGCACAUGCACAGACUUUCAGCAUAUCCCGAAGAUGGUCCACUACUGUCAGCUAUGGAGAGAAUUCUUCCUGGAAACAUUUGCAUUGCUGGAAGGCAAAAGCUUGUUGGAAAAGCAAUUGGCACCUGUAGCAGUAGUAGUGAUGUUGCAGGAGGUGCCAACUUUAUAUGGCUCAUAUCUGACAACAUGCACCACCAGUGGCUGCUGCUAGCUGCAUGCUUUUGGGUGAUAUUCAUGUUCAUGGUUGCUAGCAAGUUUAUCACAUUGACUUUUAAAGACCCCGAUGGCUAUGGUGCCAAGCAAGAGCCAUUGAUACUGACAGCUGUGACAAAAGUAGAGGAGGUACAUGUGCCAGAGGAAAAACAUUGGCCUGAAGAAUUCCAGCCAACUGGAAAAGCUUUUUCAGGAAAUCUGAUCCACCAACCCCUGGUUCAUAUGGAAAGACUUGAGCUUCUCAGGAAUGUCUGCAGAGACACUGCAUUGAGAGAUCUCUCUCAUACCGCAGUUUCCAAAUUCGUCUUGGACCGAAUAUUUGUGUGUGACAAGCACAAGAUCCUGUUUUGUCAGACGCCAAAAGUGGGCAACACUCAGUGGAAAAAAGUCUUGAUCGUUUUAAAUGGAGCAUUUUCUUCCAUAGAAGACAUCCCAGAAAACAUUGUACAUGAUCAUGAAAAGAAUGGCCUUCCACGCUUGUCCUCUUUCAGUGACUCUGAAAUUAAGAAACGACUGAAUUUAUACUUCAAGUUUUUUAUUGUUAGAGAUCCAUUUGAAAGACUUAUUUCUGCAUUUAAAGACAAGUUUGUGCACAAUCCUCGUUUUGAACCUUGGUACCGGCAUGAAAUUGCUCCCGGCAUCAUUCGUAAAUACAGAAAGAAUCGCACAGAGACCAAAGGGCUGCAGUUUGAGGAUUUUGUGCGCUACCUGGGGGACCCUAAUCACCGAUGGCUGGAUGUUCAGUUUGGUGACCACAUCAUUCACUGGGUAACAUAUGUGGAACUUUGUGCUCCCUGUGAAAUCACAUACAGUGUGAUUGGACACCACGAAACCCUGGAGGAUGAUGCUCCGUAUAUCUUGAAAGCAGCUGGCAUAGACCACUUGGUAUCAUACCCCACAAUCCCACCGGGCAUAACAGUGUACAACAGAACAAAAGUAGAGCGCUAUUUUUCAGGAAUUAGCAAGAGAGACAUAAGACGCCUCUAUGCACGAUUUGAAGGCGAUUUUAAACUCUUUGGUUAUCGUGAGCCUGAUUUCUUGCUUAACUGACUCCUGGGAUAAGAUCUGAAAGUGUCCCAUGUAUUAAUUUAAACCUGUGUGAAUACCAGCUGCAACACUGGUAGAGCUGAGAAUGACCAUUUGUUUUCUAGCUUUUUUUGAUGUUGCUCCACUUUCCAGUGAAAUAUUUGUCAUAUGAACAAGUAGGGGCUUAUAGUUGUUGUUUCCUGACCAUGUUUUCAGUACAUGACAUUGCAAUCUGUUAGGAAUUAUGUCUCUGUUAUCUAAAAUACAGAAUUUGACUUCUCCCCUCUUCCCUCCAGGAAGAAAGAGGGAGAACAAAUGGGCUAUGAUCUUCCUCUCCUCCCAGACAGAAUGCCAUUUUUGAAAUGUUGUGAAGUAUUUAUAAAGAUGGCAAUUUCACUGUAGGUUAACCCUGACAUGUGGAUAAACAUAAUGAUUCCUGCUCAUGAGAGUCCUGUAGUCUCCCAUGAGCUUUGUAAAUGAGAGGCCAGUACAAGACUAGAAAUUAAUUAAAUGCUUGACAAAUAUAACCAUCUAGGUACUGUCAUGUGACUGCUACAAUAACCCUGAUCUAAUCUCAUUCUUGUUUGUCAAAAAAUGAACCUAAUUAGACAGAAGCUUUUAGAGAUGUAAGAAAAUGAACUGGCUCCACACCCCAGUUGUCUCUGUACUUUUGUCAAGUGUUUGCUGUAUUUACUACUGAUGUAUUGAGCCUCAUAAUUCUACUUUUGGUUUUUAAGAGAUUAUUUAACUCCUGGCUAUGUAAGUUAUGUGAGAACACCAGCUGCAAGUGGAGCAUAGAAGAAAUAUGAAACUGCUAAGGAAACUGUUAAGGAAAAUUAAUUUAAAGUAUCAGUUGUAUUUGUGGGAGCACAUACAAUAAUCACAAGAUGCUCUCACACAGUUUAACUUGUCUUCUAACAGUUAAGAUUAAUAAAGAAGUUACAAAAGCAAGAUGUUAUAUUAAAGAGCUGCUUACUUGGAUUAACAAUCCACCUUUUUAUAUCCAGCCUUUCUCAGUUUAGUAUCUUGGAGAACAGAAAGUUUAUCCCGCUCUGAAAAUUCAUCUCCCUACUGCUAAAGGAGAGAAGGAGUCAAGAUGAAUCCCUGAUUUUUCCAGUGAUUCACUGCCAUGGUGUCCCAAGUCAGAAAUGACUGGUAUUUAUGGUAUUGACAUGGUAAAUUGGCUAUUUACCAAAGUUUAAAUGCUAUCUAAACUUGGGUAUCCAUUUUAUGCAUUAAAAAAAAAAUAACUGAAUUGAGUGGAUGCAGCCAUCAUACUUACUUGUGCUUGUAUUGUGUUUUAUAAAGAACAGUCUCUUGUCUGAGUUCACCAGCAAUAAAAACCAUUGUGCUGCCA